CGCGGCUGCGGGGAGAGGGCGGGGGCGAUGCUGCCGGAGCCGCCGCCGCCGCCGCCGCCUCGGUGAGAGCCGCGCCGCGCGUAGCCGCACAGGCUGACAGGCAGAAGGACUGACUUCCCUCUCCCGGGCAUCCUCCCUGGGCUGCCGGGAGGCGGCGGCGGAGGAGGAGGAGGAGAAGGAAAAGGGGGAGAAGGCGGAGAGCAGGAACGCGAGGAGGUGGACCUGGAUCCGUUUCUCCCGGCCAGGACCCGAGCGGCCCCAGCUACCGCUACCCGCCGGCGCCGUCCCCUAUCCAUCAGCCCUCCUGCGCCCACCCGCGACCCCCGGCUCUCUGGGCGUCGGGCCGGGGCCGGAGCGGCGCAGCCAGAGACGGUCUGGCCUCCUGGUGAUGCUCACACUGUGCUAAGUGUUGGUGGCCAUCGAGGUUUUUGCAUCCUGGGGACAAAUCCUGAGCUCGCCAGAGACGGACAUCGAAAGGUCCGGCCUCGGUUUCCCUGUGAGGAGCAACCACGGCCCAGCAAGAUGUCCCGGCACCACAGCCGCUUCGAAAGAGAUUACCGGGUGGGCUGGGACCGCCGUGAGUGGAGUGCCAACGGGACGCAUGGGACCACCAGCAUCUGCAAUGCCACAGCUGGGGCCGGUGGCGGCACGGCCAGCAGCCUCAGUGCCCGGCCCGGCCUCCUGCCGCUGCCUGGGGUGCCCUCCCGGCUGCCCACGCCAGCCACGGCCCCGGCUCCCUGCACUACGGGCAGUGGCGAGGCCAUCACCAGCCUCGUGGCCAGCUCGGCCUCCACCGUCACCACCAAGGCCCCUGGAAUCUCCAAAGCGGACAAUCAGUCCCAGGGACUCACGACCAGCAUCCGGUGGGGGCAGACGCCCAUCAAUCAGUCCACGCCCUGGGACACUGAUGAGCCACCCUCCAAACAGAUGAGGGAGAGCGACAAUCCAGGCACAGGGCCAUGGGUGACCACGGUGGCCGCCGGGAGCCAGCCCGCCCUGAUCGCACACUCCUAUGGAGUGACCCAGCCUCCCACCUUCAGCCCGGCUGUGAACGUCCAGGCCCCAGUCAUUGGGGUGACGCCCUCACUGCCUCCCCACGUGGGGCCCCAGCUCCCGCUGAUGCCAGGCCACUACUCGCUCCCACAGGCACCCUCUCAGCCACUGAGCAGCGUGGUGGUCAACAUGCCCGCCCAGGCCCUGUAUGCCAGCCCGCAGCCCCUGGCCAUGUCCACACUGCCUGGCGUGGGGCAGGUGGGCCGCCCGGGACCCACUGCCGUGGGCAACGGCCACAUGGCAGGGCCCCUGCUGCCUCCACCACCACCAGCCCAGCCGUCUGCCACCCUCCCCAGCGGUGCCCCUGCCACCAAUGGGCCCCCCACGACUGACUCAGCCCACGGGCUACAGAUGCUGCGGACCAUUGGCGUGGGGAAGUAUGAGUUCACCGACCCUGGGCACCCCAAAGAAAUGUUGAAGGAAUUGAACCAGCAGCGCAGAGCGAAAGCGUUUACAGACCUGAAAAUUGUUGUUGAAGGCAGAGAGUUUGAAGUCCACCAAAAUGUUCUAGCUUCCUGCAGCUUGUAUUUCAAGGACCUGAUUCAAAGGUCGGUGCAAGAUGGCAGCCAGUGCGGCCGGGAGAAGCUGGAGCUCGUCCUGUCCAACCUGCAGGCCGACGUCCUCGAGCUGCUGCUGGAGUUCGUCUACACGGGCUCACUGGUCAUCGACUCAGCCAACGCCAAGACGCUGCUGGAGGCGGCCAGCAAGUUCCAGUUCCACACCUUCUGCAAAGUCUGUGUGUCCUUUCUCGAGAAGCAGCUGACGGCCAGCAACUGCCUGGGGGUACUGGCCAUGGCUGAGGCCAUGCAGUGCAGCGAGCUCUACCACAUGGCCAAGGCCUUCGCGCUUCAGAUCUUCCCCGAGGUGGCGGCCCAGGAGGAGAUCCUCAGCAUCUCCAAGGAUGACUUCAUCGCCUACAUUUCCAAUGACAGCCUCAACACCAAGGCCGAGGAGCUCGUAUAUGAGACUGUCAUCAAGUGGAUCAAGAAGGACCCUGUGGCCCGUGCGCAGUAUGCAGCGGAGCUCCUGGCCGUGGUCCGCCUCCCCUUCAUCCACCCCAGCUACCUGCUCAACGUGGUGGACAACGAGGAACUGAUCAAGUCGUCAGAAGCGUGUCGAGACCUGGUCAACGAAGCCAAACGCUACCACAUGCUGCCCCACGCCCGCCAGGAGAUGCAGACGCCCCGAACCCGGCCCCGCCUCUCAGCAGGUGUGGCAGAGGUCAUCGUCCUGGUUGGGGGCCGUCAGAUGGUGGGGAUGACCCAGCGCUCCCUGGUGGCCGUCACCUGCUGGAACCCGCAGAACAACAAGUGGUACCCCCUGGCCUCGCUGCCUUUCUACGACCGAGAGUUCUUCAGCGUAGUGAGUGCUGGGGACAACAUCUACCUCUCAGGUGGCAUGGAAUCGGGGGUGACGCUGGCCGAUGUCUGGUGCUACAUGUCCCUGCUCGAUAAUUGGAACCUUGUCUCCAGAAUGACGGUCCCCCGCUGUCGGCACAAUAGCCUCGUCUACGACGGCAAGAUUUACACCCUCGGGGGACUUGGCGUGGCAGGCAACGUGGACCACGUGGAGAGGUACGACACCAUUACCAACCAGUGGGAGGCCGUGGCCCCUCUGCCCAAGGCAGUGCACUCUGCAGCAGCUACGGUGUGUGGCGGCAAGAUCUACGUGUUUGGUGGUGUGAACGAGGCCGGCAGGGCUGCAGGGGUCCUACAGUCUUACGUUCCACAGACCAACACAUGGAGCUUUAUCGAGUCGCCGAUGAUUGACAACAAGUACGCUCCCGCCGUCACCCUCAAUGGCUUCGUUUUCAUCCUGGGCGGGGCGUAUGCCAGAGCCACCACCAUCUACGACCCUGAGAAAGGGAACAUUAAGGCAGGCCCAAACAUGAAUCACUCUCGCCAGUUCUGCAGCGCCGUGGUGCUUGACGGCAAGAUUUAUGCCACUGGGGGCAUUGUCAGCAGUGAGGGGCCUGCCCUGGGCAAUAUGGAAGCCUACGAGCCCGCGACCAACACGUGGACCCUCCUACCCCACAUGCCCUGCCCCGUGUUCAGACACGGCUGCGUCGUGAUAAAGAAAUAUAUUCAAAGCGGCUGACGUCGGCAGAAAGCCCACGACGAGACUGGACAAGUCUGGUGAGGCAGAUGCCACUCACAGUGAUCAAUGUUCAGCAACACCCGCAAGAGGCUGAUAGACACAAACAAGGGAAUCACUGCGCUAAACAUUUUGAAUACUCUCUACAUUGAAUGUAGAAAAUCAUCCUCGCCUUUGGGGGAAAUGGGGGCGUAGCGCUCCACGCAGCAGGAACCACAACCAUGCAAGCAGCUGGGCCUGGGGGCUCCUGCAAAGGCACUUGCUCUGAACGGAGGCGCUCACUCUGCCCGGUGCAAUAGAGUUUCACAUAUUUUUCAACUGGGAGAGAGAAGCUGAUUUUUCCUUCCUGCAGAGCAAGCUUGAUCCCUAAACAACCAUAGAUCAGUUAUCCUAUGACAAUAUUAGGUGUCAGGCUCUCUUUGGAAUAAGAUCAAAGUGUCCUUAUCACUUUGAUUCCUACUUUUGUUUUUAACCAAUCUACACUUGUCCGUGGCCGAGAGAAGAGAAGGGACAAUACUGUGUGUGGCACAAGGCCUGGGAGGCUCCUGGUCCCCGCCGGGCGGAAGAGAGGUCCGGCCACUGGUGCCGAGCCCAACGUGGCUGGAGCGGCCGUGCAGGGGCAGCCUGGGGACGGCUGGGAGAACCUUUGUCCCUCACAGGUUUUUCUACCGUGUUUUUGCUGGAGGACAGGUGACUGUGCUAGCUUUCUCUUGUCCGAUAUGAAUUAUUUAGAUUUCCAAGGCAUUUUCUUGAUAAACAAAAAGGCUAUUUUUAAGUACUGAGAGGAGGCCAUGAGAGGAUCAUGCGGGAAUUCCCAAAGCUCUUUGUAGGUUGUGCCAGAGUGGGGCAUUCGCUCUAAUUUUUUCUAUGUGCAGAAUAGAGGAUCUCUCCUGGGUGGGGGUGAGGGCCCCUGUUUUAUUUUUUAAAAAAUGUAACUCCCAGACAGCCCCAUCAAGAGCUGUGCCUCCUGGAGGCGUUGUCAAAGAAGAUUCUGUUCUAGAAGGAAACCAGUCCCGGCUCAUGACACCGGUCCAGCUCCCUCCAUGAGGUAAAGCUGAGGACCCAGGCCGGGUGGGAAGGGAAGGAGGGAGGGAGGGAGAAUAAAUGUCUACAAAGCACAGGAGACUAUUUUUGAUAUUUAUAGCUAUAUAUUAAGGCACCUGCUACAAGAGCUCUCAGGAUGGGGACAGCCUUCGUAGAUGAGCCAUGACAGCCAAGGCCUGAGGGGCAUGAGCAGAAUCACUCUUCCUGUAGCAGACGAACCAGAGGAAGGGAAGCCAAGAGGGAGGUCACACCGUGGCUCAUGACAGAAAGGCCUUCCUGCCAGUCCUCAGACCCUCAAACCUCACGCGGUGAUCAGUUUCCAUCCCAGGGCAAGAAGAGAGCUGCCGCCACUGCGCCGUUUAGUUGAAGUUGGUACCAAAUAUGCAUUUACCAUUUUUCUAUCCGGGAAGUCAAUUUGCCGUCAUUUCAUGAUAAAAACCAUUUCUAAGGAGAAAAGGACAGGACAUGCUUUCCACCUUUCGGUAUUUGAGGACACAAAAUUCCAAUUCCAAUGUCGGGCAUCGACUUCUAGCACUACAAGUGUGGCUCCCACUUGGACAAGAUACCGAGCUUCGUUAUGCAGUUUUUAAUAUUAUUUAUUCUUUUAAAAAGUAAUAAGCACAAAACUACAUACAUUGUAUGUCAUUUAAAGUAUUUAUGUCAAACAGGGUGCAAGUGUGAACCCAAGGACUGGAGCACAAAUUUCUAACUGCCUGGGGCAGGGCUAAUGUUAGCGUCGGUGUGCAUCUGCCUCCAAAGGAGGUGUUAGUGGUCAGCAAGACUCGACACAGAUGACAUUGAAAUUCCGUUUCUCUCCUCAUUUAUCACACUGGAGCAAAACUGGCUAUUUCUGUGAAUGAUAUAAAACAGGGUUCUCUGUAAUGGUAUUGUACAUAGUAUAUGUUUAUUGUUAAGUUCUUGUUAUAUUAUAAUAAAUAUAUUUAUAGAUCUAGACUCAGAA